GACUCCUGGCAGCCUCCCACCGUUUCGAUGGAGACCACGUAAGGGGCGGGGCAUCGCCCCGGUACCGGCACCGGAGACCCUGCCCACCCUUUGUCCCUCCUGCUUCCGCGGCACUGGGGGAUGGGCCCAAUUGUGCUGGAACUGUACUGGCAACAUGCCCCCCGCACCUGCAAGAACUUUGCUGAGCUGAGCCGCCGUGGGUACUACAACGGCACCAAGUUCCACCGCAUCAUCAAGGACUUCAUGGUGCAGGGAGGAGACCCCACGGGUACUGGCCGUGGAGGUGCCUCCAUCUAUGGGAAACAGUUUGAGGAUGAGCUGCACCCUGACCUGAAGUUCACUGGCGCCGGGAUCCUAGCAAUGGCCAAUGCAGGGCCGGACACCAAUGGAAGCCAAUUUUUCCUGACACUGGGCCCAGCACAGUGGCUGGAUGGGAAGCACAGCAUUUUUGGGAGGGUCUGCCAAGGAAUGGGGGUGCUGGGGCGCCUAGCCAUGGUGGAGACCAACUCCCAGGACCGACCCCUCGACGAUGUAAAGGUCAUCAAGGCGUAUCCCUUGGGGUAGGGGUGUGACGUACCCUCCCUCCACAUUGUACUGCACGUUUGUAAUAAAGGAGGUUGGAUGUGG